AUGCCCGGAAUCCUCCUCAUCAACGGGCCCAACCUCAAUCUCUUGGGUACCCGCGAGCCCCAUCUAUACGGCACCACCACCCUCGCCGACGUCGAGACCAACGCCAAAGCCCUCGCUACUUCGAAGGGAAUCCACCUCGAAGCCUUCCAGUCCAACCAUGAAGGCGCUAUUAUCGAUCGAAUUCAUGCCGCACGAGGCAACUUUGAUGCCGUGCUGAUUAACGCGGGUGCGUUGACGCACACUAGCGUUGCGAUUCGCGAUGCCCUCAUCGGAGCAUCGCUUCCAUUUAUCGAGAUUCAUAUUACGAAUGUGCACACCAGAGAAAAUUUCAGGCACGUCAGUUAUUUGUCAGACAAGGCUGUUGCUUGUAUUGUUGGGUUGGGUGUUUAUGGUUAUGAAGCUGGUAUUGAGUAUGCGGCGCGGUAUAUGGUGAAGACCGUCGGCAACAUGUCUGUCAACCCGUAUGGCUACAAUCCCAACCAAGGGGCAGCUAUGAUCUUCACAAUACCCUUUGCUAUUUGCAGCAUCUGGCAUAUAUACAUCAUGUUCCGUCGUCGCGUGUGGUACUUUUUGGUUCUCAUAUUUGGUCGUUGUCUCGAGACGACAGGUUAUAUUUGCCGCUUCCUUGCCCAUGAUAACACAAGCAACUUUACCCUCUUCAUCGUUCAGACUUUAACGAUUCUUGUCGCACCGGCUCUCUUCGCUGCUUCGGUCUACAUGGUUCUCGGCAGACUCAUCUUGCUAGUCAAAGGCGAAUCCUACUCAGUCGUAAAGCCAUCACGGCUUACCAAAAUCUUCGUUGGCGGCGACAUCAUAUGUUUCUUCGUCCAAAUCAUCGGAUCCGGCACAUUAUCAUCCAAAUUCAAUCUCGGAAGGCAAUAA